UCUCCCAUCAUGAGCACUGAAUUAAACGUUCCGGUGGAUCCUUCCACUCCUGCCUGCUGCUCUGAGCCUGGCACCAAGGCUGGAUUAUCGGACUGGGUCCGAAGGAGCUACCUGGAGCUGGUCACCUCCAACCACCACUCUGUGCAAGCCCUGUCCUGGAGAAAACUGUACCUGAGUCGAGAACUGAAAGCCUCCAGCAGAACCUCUGCUCUGCUCUCUGGAUUUGCAAUGGUGGCCAUGGUGGAGGUGCAGCUGGAGGUGCAGUACAAGUACCCCCAGAUGCUGCUGAUCGCCUUCAGCGCCUGCACCACGGUGCUGGUGGCCGUUCACCUCUUCGCCCUCCUCAUCAGCACCUGCAUCCUGCCCAACGUGGAGGCUGUGAGCAACAUCCACAACCUGAACUCCAUCAGUGAGUCCCCCCACGAGCGCAUGCACCCCUACAUCGAGCUGGCCUGGGGCUUCUCCACCGUCCUGGGCAUCCUCCUGUUCCUCGCUGAAGUCGUGCUCCUGUGCUGGAUAAAAUUCCUGCCAGUGGGCUCCAUCCUGAAAAACGAGACCACCAACGUGGAGAAGCCCAGCAGCCACGCAGGGUGGCAGUCAGCACUGGUGUCCACCAUCAUCAUGGUCCCUGUGGGUCUGAUUUUUGUCGUCUUCACCAUCCACUUCUACCGCUCCUUGGUGCGGCACAAAACGGAGCGGCACAACCGGGAGAUCGAGGAGCUCCACAAACUGAAAGUGCAGCUGGAUGGGCAUGACAGAGGCAUGCAGGUGGUGUGACAGAGCCUGCACACAGCUCAGCCAGGGCUGAGAGCAAAAUAACCUGGUCUGCUGCUUGGUGAGACGCACCAGGGAUGGAUUUUCUUGAGGCUUAAAUCUGUAAAUGCUACUUGCCUGCCAUUUCUAGCUGUGGGUUCUUGUGCUGUUCCACGUGCUGGGGCUCUGCCCUGGUUCUGGUCCCACACACUUGGUACUUAAGUCGACACUGCCGUGGUGUUCAAGGUCAAAACUUUAUCUACCUUAAUAUUGGUAGCCAAAAAUCUGUAUUUUUUACAAAUGCAAUAUUCCAUUGCCAAAAGUGAAACUGCAUCGGCUGUCCCAAAGGUCUCUCUGUGUGUAUGUGUGUGUGUAGGACCUGUCUUACCUGUCAGAACUCCCUGGCUGUCCGUGCAUCCACAAUUAACUGGCAGCUCAUUCCUAGAGCAGAGCUGAUUAAUGUGGGCACCUGCAGCUGACUCAAGGACAUCCAGGAAAGCACAACAGAAACUGAGAAUGUUGAUCACCGUUUGUUCCAAAGCAAGUAUUCUAUAAAUACAUAACCAGAAAGAAAACAGCCUUAGCUUUUAUGUUCUUUUUUUUUUUUUUUUUUUUGCUGUUCUUUACUGUAUUUUUACAGCUUGGGAUGUAGAAAUUGGAAUUGCAGGAGGCCUGGGAAGUUCUCUCACACUUUCUUCAGUGGCAUCUGUCACCUUAGCUUGAGUAAGUGCCAAGAUCGUGUUUUUCCCAAUAACAGGCAGGAGUGCCCAUGGAAGGCUUACAGGUGUUUUAGAUUUAACAAGGACAUUCCUAAAACAGAACAGUGACAGGGAAUUUAAUGAGACAAGACUUUGAAGGACUAACAAAGCAAGUUUCAAGGAGGUAAAGGAGUGACAGCAAGUACUGUAGAAAUCUGCCACUGUGUCUUCUUCAUUUGUGCAUUGCUGCAAUGCCUUUUGCCUGGUUUGCUGGGAGAACAAGCCAGUCCUGUACUAUUUCAUCAUUUGGGUGUUUGGUUUUUUUCUUUUUUUCUUUUUUAAUUGGCUGUAGCAUUUUUCUGUCAGAAAUGAAUGCUUCCUUCUCCCAUCACCAAAGCAGACGAGUCCUCUGGUGGAACCUGGAGCUGUCCUGGCGAGCCUGAUGGAGCUGGAUCUGGCAGGAAUGCUGUGUGCCAUUAAAGAGCUAUCCCUUUCCUUUGAGCUCAUUUCUUUUUUCAGCAGCUGAGACAAUGACACUUGCAUGUCUGUGUUGCUUUGCAAGGGAAGCUUGUAAAUUCCACAGCAUCCUCGUGGGUGAAAACUUCUGUAAAAAGAAAACCAAUUUUAUUAUUUUGGGUAACUUUGUGGAGAGAAAAGAGUGUUUUGCAAUCAUCAGCUCUUUUAAGGGAAAGUCAGGCUUUCUGACACACAGGGCUGCAAGAAGCAUAAGCACAUUUUCUUGGCCUGAUCCUGUGCUAGUUUCCUCCUCUGCACUCCAAAACUGCAGUUACAGAGUCUCUGAGGCCUUAUAGGUUUCUGAAAUCAUUAAGGAUGUUUAUAAUGUUCUAUUUAACCCUGGGCCCUUAUUCCACUGGGAUUUGAGGCAGUGUAAUGCAUGUCAGCUUCCCAGAAGGGACAGCACAUGCAGACCCCAGGGGAGCAGGGUGAGCCUAUCCCAAUAUUCCCCUCUGUCAAGGGCCUUGGAAACCACCUCUCAUCUCUCUUGUUACAUGGGAAUGUGAGCAUUGCUGAACAAGUUGCUUAGCACUGUGUCUGUGGCUUUCAUCUGCUGUUCUUGCUGCAGUUGGCAUGUACCAUAUUGGCUGAUGUGCAGCAAAGAAAAUAGUCUUUGUGUGCUAAAUGACUAAUCUGUACUCAUGUGCAUAUGCAAAAAACAAGGAGUGUCCUCCAGGAAGUGGGGUGGUCGUGAAAUUCAUAUGAACUCCCCAGGACUCUCCCCUUUCUCCCUCCUCUUUUUACCAUAAUAAAAAUUUAAAGGUUUAUACAACAGAA